AUGCGCACGCAGAGCGGCGUCGCAGAAGCAUUCUUAGGAGGCUUCGAACAGACCUCAUCGAUUACCGAAGAAGAAGCCCAGCAGCGAAUUGACUUGCUCGUUUCACCCGAGGACGAGAAGUGGAAUGAUGUCCUUCAGGAAUUUCAAAGGCUUUUCGCAGAUCCCGACAUGACGAUAGGUCGAAUCUUAUCGGACAAGUUUACCACACACGAGGCUCGUCUGUUUAUACCAUCGGAGUUGGCGAUCCUAAAAGCCAUACAAGAGGAGAAUACCCGCGACUUCCACGAUCUCUUAGAAUCCCGGUUCCAAGGCGUCACACCUGAUAUUCCCACGAAAUUGACAAUGCUAUACUUUGGGCUCCAUGUUGAGCCAAUGGACUUCCAAUUAGCGAAGAUGACUUUUAAAAUGGAGAGUCGAAAGCCAGAGCCGCCCCGAUAUGCUAUUGAUCCACCGUUGCAUUUUCUCACGGCGCAUAAAGAGCGCAAUUGGGGGAAGGAUAUGCUCAGAGGGAAAGAGGACUCAUCGUAUCCUAUACCCGUUGAGCUCCCGCAGAGUUGGCUGUCAAGUCUUUCGAAUACUUUUUUGACAGAACAAGAUUCACAGAUUGAGCAACCAACUGUGCGACUUCGAGGCGGUGGAACAAGCGAAGACAGCGACUGGCGCAAACACAAUGACGAUUGGAAUGGUGGGGAUGAUGACGACUUCGCUGGCAGUGAAAGCAAUGGAGAAGACGGCAACGAAGACAGCGACGAUGAAGACGACACACCGGAAGCCCAGCUUCACAGGGAAGAAAAGGAAGCCGAAGACGCCACCAUGGAAAACACUGACAAUGAUGGAAAUUUUAUUUCUCCCCGCCAGUCAGCCAUUAUUCCCCAAAGCUCAAUCGGGAUGAACCUCUACGGUUUCCAGGGGUUUGUGCCGUUUAUCCCAGGGGAUGGACAGACAUAUGAGAAUGCAAUCAGGAGAUUACUCUCUCUUGGGCCCCAAGAUCACGAAGCGUUCUCCAUCGUGCAUUUCGAUGUACAAACGAAAACGAUCGUCAAUACUAUCCAGGAUUCCCUCCCUUUGAAUCCCGAUAGUAUAACACUGCAGUACAUCUUGGAAAAGAAACUUGAAGAGGACAAUUCUCGAGACAACCAGCACUCAUUCUUUGUCCAUCUGGAACACGAGUCAACACCCACUCAUUGGCAACCCAGCGAAGAGGAAUUAUACACCAGUGUUUCUUCUGUCAGAAGCCUAUCCGACGGAACGGAGGGCAAAGUAGCACGUGUUGUCGAUUCUUGUUGCUACUUGACUUUCCCCAGAUUCAACGACUCGCAGCCUUCUCAGCAAGACGUUUAUGGAUGGGGAGCUGACCAGCUCAAUGCCUACAUCAACACCGCUUUUGAGGUUCUAUUUGGUCGCCCGCAGGGCUCCUUUCACCACGCGAAUUUUCAACUUAGCGGACGGGACCUUGAUUUUACCAAUGCUCCUCCAGUCUAUGGUCUUUACACAACCCCGUCGUCUGGCGUCCUUUCACUAAUCCCCAACGGUGAAGGGAAGCACUUUUACCUGAGCCGCAGCCCCCUUGGCAAUAACAAUGUUCCCAUCGUGCUGCCUGGUUGUUUCAAGAUCAGUAACCCAACGUCAGACAGUUUUGGCAAAAUACCCUUGACCGGUGUAUUGGACUUUAUGCGAAAUAUAAUAUCGUCAGCCUUUGGUGACUACGCCAAGAACCUCAAAUAUGUGCGCUUGCUUGAUGGACGUGCAACAUUGGGACCAGAAAUCCGCAGAGAUCAGGAAUACCAUUCAAUUUGCAUGUCUGAUGAUAUCCCACAGAACUCCAAGAUUGACUACUCUGCGGCUCUUUCUAAGAUUGCCGAAACCAAAAAAGCCUUUGUUCUUCUGUACCCAGAGUGGGAAGAAGAUGAGAACGUUCUCCAUCUGUCAACAUCUGAUGGAGAAGAUGGAGCUGAGCAUUCUGUACACAUGCCUUCAUUAUCUUCGACAGUUGAUGACUUCAGGACCAGCGUGUUUGAGCUGAUGCAGCUCGCUGAGUGUGAACCCAGUCGUAUCGAAGACGUGAAGCGUGGAGACGCAUUCAUAAGCGUUCAGCCCGAGAUGGAGAAUGAGUCCGCAGAUAUCAUUGAUAUGCCUUGUUUCUUCAUUGGGCCCAAUACCACGGACGAGGAGUGGUUUAGUAUUCGUGCCAGGAUACCGACUCCAUCGGCAAAGAUCAAUAUUCUUGAUUCGAAAGCAUGGAAUUGGCGGGAUCAAGUUGACGAGACCAACAUCUGGGGCCCACGAUAUGGACGCAUGGCCGACGCUCAAGCUGCAAUCGAAAAACCCGAAGACAAAGAUGCCAGGGAGCAAGAGGAAGAAGAAGCUCCUCAGAAUGCAGCUGAAGAGACAGCCCAGGAGGCAGUCCAGACGCCAGCUCCUGAAAGCCCCAUUGGUAUAGAGGCUGUUAGGGCAAGACUACGAGAGACAGAACUGGUUAAAGCGACCCAUCCUGAGCCUGCCAAAACCCAACGUCUAGGCAGAGAUGCAUCUGGUGAUAGCGAUGUGCGGGAAAGUUCAUGGCUUCGGCAACCCAGUCUCUAUGACAACUGCGGAUCGUGCUCACAGUCGAACUACUCUGACAUUAAAAUCCCAACGAAUGCGCCAUCUUUCGAACAUCAGCUUUGCACAGGAGACAAGACGCCAAGGGUAGCGACGAGAUUCAGGACGCUCACGGAGCAAGCACGCCUUCAACGAGCGUUAUGGGACAUGCGAAACAUUCGCUUGAAUCGGAUACCACCCCUAAUGCUGCGAAAGUGUACGUUUUGCAACGGCAUUAUACCCAAUCAUUGGAGCAAGGAACGAGUUCAUCGCCAUCUAAGGCAAAAGCAUAGGAAUGAGCUCAUGGAAGCGCUGGGAGUUACCAAAGCAACCAUACGGCGGUUCGACGGCAAAGGAGUCAUCUCUAUUCCCCUAAAAAGGGUCGAAAAGCGUCAUAAGCCUUCACCAGUGGCAUCGGCGAAUGAUGCUAUGAUUGUUGACCAACCGGAAGCACAGAAUCAUCAGCAGAAGAAGGCUUUUGAGUUUUGUGAUCGUUGUGGCGACGAUGGAAAAAACUGCGAAUCCGACACGACCCAUCCUGCUCAAGAUGGACGAGAUCAGAAUCGGAACAGUUGCAAGGGAUCCGGCGUAAAGCGUGGAAGAUACUGUCGCUAUUGCGGCGACGAGUUCAGUGGCAACGCUGGUCAAGCGGAUUGGGAUCGGAACGCAGCUCAUAUGGUCGCGUGCUAUAAGAAGAAUGAUGGACAAAAAUCUUUGUUUUUACCACCAGAUGUUGCGGCAUUCAAUCAACAACAGGAUAAUCUUCGAAUGCAGAUAAAUGAAGCCGAGCCAGGCGCCCUCGAUUCUCACGAAGGAGAGGAAAUUCCGAACAUCGAAGCUAUCCAUCACGCCAUCAACUCUGAAGCAGAGCAAGAUCCAGAAGAAAUGGAUCUGGAUGAGUCUGAUGAAGAGCCAAGACGACCGAAGCCGACAAAAAGAGUCCAUGCGAGAAGAUCCGGUGAAGAGUCGACUGAUCUUUCAAUGGAUGGCACUGUUAACAUAUCAGCACUUCAGGCAGCCGUUAACCGUGCACUAACUGGCUACGAGACACCUCCAACCGAGGCUCUUGAUCCAGAUGCACAUCAAGAAGCUCUCCCUACCGCACUUAAGAGAGUCCUCGCCAACGUUCCACUCGAUGAACUCGAUGUAUCUUCCCCAAGCAUGACCCAAAGUAGGGCUCCCCUCCAACCAGAAAACUCAGAUUCACUGGCGACCGAGAGCGAAAAAGAGCCUGAAGUUAUCCAACCAGAGACCCGUGAGGCGGCGGAAUCCCUUGAACUUCAACCCCCCGAGUCUUCAGAAUCCGAACCGGACAAUGGGUCUGAUUUCGAGAACGAGCCAGAUCAAGACAAGUCCAAUGACGAAGAGUCAGAAGAUGACCCUCAUGGAGAUCCCAUAAGCUCGAAACGCCACAAACGAGGAGGGAAGAAGCGAGGCAAGAAAGGAGACCGCAACUACACAUACUCACACGAAGAAGACGACGACGAAGAUAGCGAGACAGACGAAGAUGGGACUCGCACUAGGCUACCUCGACGAGCUCCAUCACCUAAUUGGCAGAAGAAACUUGGAGACGAUCCGGAGUUUGAGCCGACUGACGACUAUUACUGCUCGAAAUGCUUCCGCAAGGCUCCCAAGAAACAUAAACGGGAUAGGUCACCCUUGGGACGAACGAAAGAAAUUGAGCUCCAUUACGACAAAAAUCGCUGCUGCGGAAUCCGUCGCGGCAUAGGAUCAACCAAACGCCUCCCCAACCGAAGCGGCUGGAUCCCCUCAGCCGCCAUGCCCAAACCCCUCGGCAAUCUUCGCAAACAAUUCCUUCGCCCAUAUCCCGCUUAUUCUCGCACCUUGUACCCCCUCAACGUCUCCAAUGCAAACGGCUCCUACUGGCGUUCCGACCCAAACAACGACGACAACAAAGGCUGCUGGGACAUUCCCUGGCCUCCGUUCCGAGGCCCGACUCCUCUGCCCAAUGGUUGGGAAGCUCCCGAUGCAAUCAAUCUUCCCGUCACUGGAAAGGCUCGGAAGCAGUUCAAGUUGAGGGCGGUGGGAGAUUCAACAUAUGUCCAAGACAAAAAUGUUCAGGAUUCGGAUGAUGAGGAAAUAGCUUCGGACAAGGAUGUUAACGGGAAGAGGAAGAGGAAGAGUAGGCCUUCUUCUGCGGUCAACAGCAGACAUGCGACUCCUAUACCUGGCAAGAUGCCACAGAAACCUGAUGCAAAGGCAGAGAAAGCAGCCACACCUCGACCUGUUAAGAAGAAAGAAACCGUGGUACGGAAGAUGCUGAAGGGAAAGGCAGCCAGACCACGAAAAGCGGCGCCAAAGAAGACGGAAAGAAAGGAGCCGACUAGAAGAUCAGCGAGGAAACGCCAAAAGACUGGGUAG